GAAAAACCAUUGUCUCUAAUACCAACUUGUGACACCCCCAAAUUUCCCACCCAAUACUUUGAAAUAGAAAUGAACUUUUAUUUAUUAUUUAAACAUUCAAAUUGUUUGCAGUGGAAAUCUCUCUACAUAAUUGCAAUACUUUGAGGAGGAACAUUUUCCCGCUCAAGUUUUAAGGGUCAUUUCAGCCGUGCGAUUAAUUAAUUUAGAUCUAAGCCUUAUACACUUCAUUCUUUCUCUUCCCAUGUCUCAUCGUUUUCGAGCUCCGUCUUCGAUCCUCAUCAUUCUCCCUCACCACCGGAAACCAAAUCACUCAAAGGCACAUGUUCGUCUUGCAUUCGCAUUUCUUACCUUAUAUCUUAUCGCUGCUCUUAUUCCUCCCCUACUCCACCAAUCAAACCUACCCAAUUCAUGCUUUCUCCCUCACGUACCCCUUUAUCUCUUCGCUCUUGGCUCCGAUUUGCUUCUGGGUUUUGCCAAUUUUUCUGAAGAGGGAAAACCUAUGUUGGGAAGUGGAGUGUGUGGCGGAAUCCUUCUGGAAUGAUGAAGCAAACAUGAAGGUUACAAUCGAACACUUUUGUGAUUAGCUUUCCGGAUCCCUAAAUGAUUUUUGAAGGUUGAAUACAAAAAAGUAAAAAAUCAAAUUUAAAGGUGCAAAACUCCACACUCUAUCUGCUUCUACACACCAAUAGCAGACUUUUAGUAAAGGAAGCUAAUAUGGGAUUCUUCCGCCCUGAUUGGCAGUUAUUGUACUGUAGUUAUUAGGCCAUCAUCAUCAAACUAAUAUUUACUCUUUCACACAUGGUCGAGGGACGUUCUUCCUAGAAGUAGAAUAUGCUCUCUAAAUUGACAUUCUUCACAUCUUCCAUCUGGCAUUCCUGUAAAGAAAGCUAACCCAAUUCUCCAUGCAUUUUUAGAAAUGAAGAAGGGAGGGUAAAGUAUUAUUUAUGGGAUCUUUAAGCUUUCAGUACAUCAAAUUUUCAAUGGGGCUUUGGUAUUCAACCCACCCAAGGAUGGGGAUUUCCCAGUUUUUAGAGAGGAAGAGCAUGUGAAGAAGUGUGAAGUGUCAACAUGGUGCUCCAACUCAACUACAAAAUUGAAGGAAAUCCUCAAAUUGCAGAGGGGUGAAGGAAUCCAACCGGUGACAAAUGUCAUACUAGCUGGAAUUUUCAAUGAUCUGGAUAGUGGAAGCAAAUUGUAUGAUCUGCUUCAAGAGAAUUUUUACCAUAGUGCUGAUGGCAGAGUCCCCGCUUAGGAGAAAUAUUACUGUGUAGCUGGAGAUGAUGUAGUUAGUUUAACAAUACCCUUGACUCUUGAUACAUCAUUCAUGUAAUUAUUUUCCUUAUCUUUUUUGUUUAUUUACUUUUCUGUUGAAAGAGUAUUGCGAUGCAUUUGCAAUAUCUAUACUUUUCUG